UUAUUUGGCAACCGGAGUGGCAGCGGGCAGGGUUGAAGAGGGGAUCCCCGGGAUCGUUUUUUUUUUUUUUUUCUUUCUUCAUCGAAUUACAGGAGUAAAUAGUCUGUCAAAACAAGUGAAAAGCGUUACAGCGACACCUCUUAUCCGCAGUGAUGUCGGAGGAGGCGGUGCGUCAGACGCGCAGCCGGAAGCGGGCCCUGGAGAGGGAUGUGGUUGCCCCUGGCAGCCCUGGAUGGGAGCUGGACAGUAAGAAGGUAAAGCUGGAGAACUGUGACCUGCUACCUGCAGCAGAUGGACCUAUAGCUCUAGUGGCUGUGGGUGGAGGAGGAGAUGUGGUGAGGACUGAGCAGACAGCCAAGGUGGCCAGCAUGAGCAUCCUGAAGACCGGUGAGGUUAAGGCUACCAUCAAAGUGGAGGUGCAGACCGGGGACAGGCCUGUAGAUAUGAGCACAUCCAAGAGUGAUGUAAAGAAAGAGAGGCAGCCCCUGUCACCAAACAAUGAUGUCAUAGUGCUGUCAGACAACGAGCUGUCCAUCCCCGUCGUGAACGGCCUGAACUACUACAGAAAGACAGACACUGACCUGCUCAGGAAGAGCAGCCCAGAUGAGAGGGAGUGCAUCAUCAAACAGUUGAAGGAGGAGCUGAGACUCCAGGAGGCCAAGCUGGUGCUGCUGAAGAAACUACGACACAGCCAGAUCCAGAAGGAGAGCACUGUACAGAAGCCAACCUCUGGCUCUGUGGCUACUCCUCCACCGCUGGUCAGAGGCAGCAUCGCAUCAGGCAAAGGACCACUACAGGUGUCGUCAGGCCGUAGCUCAGGCAUAGUGAUCCCUCCUCCAUUAGUCCGGGGUGGGCAGCACGUCCCGUCCAAACUGAACUCUCAGACUGUCAUGCCACCCCUCGUCAGAGGGGCACAGCCCAUUGCGGUGUCUCCCCAGCAGAUCGCGUCCUUGCGGCAGCAGCAGCACUCUGGGUCGGCCCCCCCUCCCCUGCUGCUGGCCCCCAGGGCCUCGGUCCCCAACGUCCAGGUGCAGGGUCAGAGGGUCAUCCAGCAGGGCCUUAUCAGGGUGGCCAAUGUCCCCAACACCAACGUCCUGGUCAACAUACCACAGGGCUCUCAGAAGGGCUCAUCUGUGACGUCUCAGGCCGCGAUGGGCAGUGGCGUGUCCACGGUCCAGGCCAACGAGUCCCCGGCUGCUCGCCAGGCGGCCGCCAAGCUGGCGUUGCGUAAGCAGCUGGAGAAGACACUGCUGGAGAUCCCUCCUCCCAAACCUCCCUCGCCCGAGCGCAACUUCCUGCCGUCAGCAGCCAACAACGAGUUCAUCUACCUGAUGGGCCUGGAGGAGGUGGUGCAGAACCUGCUGGACACACUGGGACGGGGCAAGAAACAGGGUCAGUCAGUGGCCCCGGUGACCCCCAUCCCCAUGGAGCCGCACACCUGCGCCCAGUGCAAGACCGAUUUCACGUCGUGCUGGCGCUCUGAGAAGAGCGGCCCCGUCCUGUGCGACCAGUGCAUGUCGUCCAACCUCAAGAAGGCCCUAAAGGCGCAGCACACCAACCGUCUGAAGGCGGCUUUCGUCAAGGCCCUGCAGCAGGAGCAGGAAGUAGAGCAGCGGAUCCUCCAGCAGGCCGCCUCCCCAGUCUCCAAAAUGCCCUCUUCUUCCUCAAGGAUGAAGAGUGAGCAGCAGCAGCAUAUGCUGGUGUCUCAACAGUACAAGCAGGCGAGAGCCCAGCUCCAGCUCCAGCAGCAUAGAGGCACGCCUAUGGCCCGCCACCACUCCUCCAUCAAGCAGAGCUCUGGUCAGAUGUCCCGUAGUGUGCAGCAGGUGGUAGGGUCUCGCGGUGUCACUCACUCGUUCUCCACGUCCUCUCAGCAGCUGCAGAACGCUGUGACCGCAGCCUCGCUGGUCAGCAGGCCAGGUAAGCAUGCCAUGCGCCCGGUGCAGGGGACAAAGGGCAGCAGCAGUAACUCCUCGGCCAACCCCAACGCCUGGAGGAAGCAGACCACCGGGAACUCAGGUGUGACCAUGGGCUAUGUGAACCCCAGCCUGUCUGUCCACAAGACCACCACCUCAGCCAACCUGGAGCGCCAGAGAGAGUACCUCCUGGACAUGAUUCCCUCCCGCUCCAUCUCCCAGACAGCCAACACAUGGAAAUAACACCACCACUUAUUAUCAAUCUUAAUAAUAGUCAUUCUCAUGAUUAACCUAACAAUGGAAUCAUCUUGGGAAAACAACACCAGAUGAUUUACUCUGGAGUUAUGAAAUAAAAACAAUUCCCACCAUCUUCCUCUGAUGUCCGGAGUCUUCAGUUCCAUUGUGGAUUACUGGUGUUACUGGGACAGUACAGGGCUCUGAGAUACGCUACAUCCCAUGGGUCAAAGGGGUUGCAUGGACUUCAUCUCUCUCAAACAGUUUUGGUGCCCAUCUGCCCUGUCCUCCAUGGUCAGUUCUGAUCUUCACACAUUCACACUGAGAGGGAUGGAUGUCCCAGGCCAGAAGUAUCUUUGGCUCUGCAGGUGAUAGGACAGUUAACCCCCCCCUACCUGGAAGAGCCAGGACCGGGUCUCUCUCUGGCCUCACUGACUGACUGACUGAGACGAGAGGACCAUCCACGGAAUAUGAAAAUGGCUUCAGCUUUGCAAAAACAAAACAAUAAAAAGACUUGGGGGGGGGGAUCUAAACAUCUAUACAUAUAGACUGCUUAUUUUGAGUCGACAGUGGUGCAGAACUGAGGAGAAGCCUACAGUGUGUCUGGUUAUUUUGUAUGGUUGAAUGUUAGAUUCAUUUUAUUUUUUUCUGUAAAUCAUAUCCUGUGUCGAGAUUGUACUAUUUUGGAACUGGACUCAUGGAGGUCUGUGUUUGAAAGGUAACAUUACUCUUGAGGUGGUUUUACAUCUGAUAGUUUAGUGUAAACAUUUUUUUUAAACUUGUUUUCUAAGCUGAAAAAAACAUGAAGUAACUGACUUAAUACUGCAUGUACAAACACAGAACAUAUUGUGGGAGGACUAUUCUUGAAUAGUUUUGAAAAAAUGUUACCUUCCAAAGAAAUUGUUGCACCCAAAUGGAUCCCUUCUUUCUUCUGUUCUAACCCUCUGCGUUAAAAUAAAGACUGGAUGUGCUUGUUUUCCUGAAAUGCAAGAGAGGGGGAAGGGACGUGAUCUUAUGAAAUAAUUUUGCUUUUAGUCAUCGGUUGUGGUGCAUUACUUUUCUUCUAGGCAAAUGCCGUCUCUGGGUGUAGUUGUAGGGUCAUUAGUUAAGAUAUUGUUUACGCCCUCAGUUCCAAUGGAUCUCUACUCUAGAUUACAUGUGUCCAGCGGUUUCUACACGCCCACUCAUUGAUCUAAAAGGCUGGACAGCUUUCAGAAUGUAGUUAUGUGAAAACCUAGCAACAUUAUACUUUUAGUAUUUUAUUUUACAAAGGUGAGUGUAUGAGUUGUCACAUCCCUUAAUUAGUUAGCUAGUCCAUCUGGUGGAAAAGCCAGCGGUAUUUUACUUUUUAUAGGUGGUGCAAUACAGGGCGAGAAGCUGUUGAAAAAUGCACCAUGCUUACAAAGCUCCCUCAGAAGAAAUAAGAAGUGUCAGUAUAUGAGGGCUUGAUGUGGUUACGCUUCUGUAUCAAAACAUGCUUCAGAACUACACCACAGUUCAGUGGCCUAGUAGAAAUUCAUCAAAUGAUCAAACAAUGCUACAAUUUAGGUUGUAUCUCAAUGUCUUGUGCAGCCACAUUCAUGUUUCAUUUUUUUCCUAUAAAAUGUCCAUGCUUUCUCCUGAUAUGUUUUGAUAGCAGUGUGUGUGUCCUUAGACAAUACAGUCUUAAUUAAUUAAUACAUUUUCAUAUGAACACUGUUUUCUGUAACCUGACCACCUAUUAUCAUAAUUUUGUCACCUUGUUUUUUCAUAGCUGCCCCUAGAUCAGAUUUCAGAUGGAUUCAUUUGCUUGCAUCUCGAAUAACACCACAUUCUCCAUAUAGUGAACGACUUAAAGAGCUGUGAGUAAAAAGUGGUCAACUAUAUAGGGUGUAAUUUGGGAUUUGCCUGUUUUGUCAAUCUCUUGUAGCCCUGCUCUCAGAAACAUGAUGGCUGAUGGUGAUUGUCUUGGCCAGUGUUCCAGGGGUUAUAGCUAGAACGGCUACAGCUUAUUUGUCAAAUUGGCCAAAAAUGACUUCAUAGCAGGUUAGGAGAAUUAGGUUAAGGUUAGGAAAAGGAUUAGGGUUCGUGAAAAUACAAACUUUCGAUGUCAAUUUCACAUAAGCUGUAUCCAUCUAGCAAUGACCUGUUCCAGGCUGCUAGUGCAGCAGCCACUACUGUGCUGUCCUGAAUACUGCCUGCUGCAGUUCCACAACCAAACACCAUUCCGUUUUUACCAGGGGUGCUAGUACUGUUUAGACUAAAGCAUAGUACCUAACCCUGAAAACUUGUAUUUUUUCUUUCUUUACAAGAAAUGCUUCUAUUUGUUUUUGAUUGUUUUUUUCCUGUCAAGUAAUAAUAAAAAAUAAUUUUAAGCCCA